AUGAAGAGAAUAGCCCCAGGGAAUCCUCAGCCAGAUCCUUUUAUCCACAUGGAUAAUUCCAGCAUGAACUUGAAACCACAGAGUCUAGCUGGUCGCAAGUCAACUUGGUUCAGGAACCGGCGAGUCCAAUUGAGGAAGCAGCAGCAGCAACAGCUAUCAGUAAAACAACCAAGCCAGGUUCUUCCAGCCCAGAACAUGCUUACCUCACCCACAACAUCCACCAGUCCUUAUUCUUCUUUUCCUGUUCUUUCAGGUUUCUAUAGCUCCCUUCCACCUCAUCCCCUUGGCCCUUCCAAUUGGGCCUGGGACUCUAUCAUCACUGAGAGUCCCAUAAAUGAUGUCCAAAUGCAAGGUCCUCAGUUGGAGACGCUAGUGGCCUCAGUUCCUGCUUUGUAUGCUGAUGCCUAUGACAUAGCCCAAAUCAUGAAACUGUACAGUUUUCCUGAUGAGGAUGAGCUAUCUGACUCUUCUUUCCACUGCCUAUAUCAGUAUCUCUCACCCAGGCCCCAGCUAGAAGAACAGCGUUCUUCUUUUAGCAUCUUCAGUGGUCCAGCUGUGGGUCCAUCUCGGCAAACCUCAUCCAGUAUGACCAGCUGAGGUUUUGUAGCCUACAGUCUAAGAGACAGCCCAGAAUUUCAAAAGCCCUCCAGUAUGAUGGACUUUGGAUUCCUCUGA